UCCUUAAACUAAAACAGCUAUGGAAUUUCUUAACCUUAAAGCGAAGGCCUGGUGCUCUUGCCCUUGCCCUUGCCUUCUCUUUCUUGUCAUUUUUGGCUUCUUAACUUCUCUUUCUAGUGCUGAAACUCACUACCAUGAGUUUGUUAUUGAAGCCAAGCCAGUGAAGAGGCUGUGCAGAACCCAUAACAUUAUUACUGUGAAUGGGAUGUUUCCAGGGCCAACCCUGGAAGUUCGAGAAGGUGACAGUCUUGUGAUCAAGGCUAUAAAUAGAGCUCAAUACAAUGCAACCCUCCAUUGGCACGGAUUACAUCAGCUGCGAAAUCCGUGGGCAGAUGGUCCUGAAUAUGUGACCCAGUGUCCAAUCCAACCAGGACAGACUUACACAUAUUGGUUUACAAUCACAAAUCAAGAGGGGACUUUGUGGUGGCAUGCUCAUAGCAGAUGGCUCAGAGCUACUGUCUACGGAGCUCUCAACAUUUAUCCGAGAUGGGGCGUUCCGUACCCUUUCCCAAUGCCAAAGAAAGAGAUUCCUAUUCUUCUUGGGGAAUGGUGGGAUAGAAACCCCAUGGAUGUCCUGAGGUUGGCUACUUUCACAGGUGCAGCUCCAAAUGUUUCUGAUGCAUAUACCAUUAAUGGUCAGCCAGGCGAUCUGUACAGAUGCUCCAGCAAAGAAACUGAGAGAUUUCCAGUGGAUUUGGGUGAGACAAUUCUCCUGAGAAUUAUCAACUCAGCUAUGAAUCAAGAACUUUUCUUCGGUGUGGCAAACCACAAAUUAACUGUUGUUGGCGUUGAUUCUUCCUACACAAAACCGUUCACCACCUCGGUCAUUAUGAUCGGGCCUGGUCAGACAACAAAUGUUCUCCUCAAAGCUGAUCAGCCUCCAGGACGCUACUACAUGGCAGCACAUGCAUACAGCACUGGCAAUGCUCCCUUUGACAAUACCACUACCACUGCAAUCCUCGAAUACAAAACCGCUCCCUGCAGCUCCAAGAAGGGAAAAUCUUCGACUCCAAUUUUCCCAAAACUCCCGGGUUUUAAUGACACGGCCACUGCAACUGCAUUCAGUAUACAGGUCAAAAGUCUAUCUGCUGUUGAAGUCCCAUAUGUGAUUGAUGAGAGCCUAUUUUUCACAGUGGGUUUAGGACUCAUCAACUGCACAAAUCCUAACAGCCCUCGUUGCCAAGGUCCUAAUGGAACCCGUUUUACAUCCAGCAUGAACAAUGUCUCUUUUGUACUCCCAACGGUCAACUCCCUGAUGCAAGCUUACUAUCAAGGUCAACGCGGUGUUUUCACCACAGAUUUUCCGCCAGUUCCUCCAAUACAGUUUGAUUAUACAGGCAAUGUGAGCCGUGGUCUGUGGCAGCCAACCAAAGGAACUAAGCUCUUUAAGCUGAAGUAUGGUUCCAGAGUACAGCUUGUGAUGCAAGACACCAGCAUUGUCACAGUUGAGGACCACCCUAUGCAUCUUCAUGGAUAUGAAUUCUACGUCGUCGGAUCGGGCUUUGGUAACUUCAACCCAAGUAGAGAUACAGCAACGUUCAACCUCGUUGACCCACCAAGGAGAAAUACCAUUGGAACACCUCCAGGUGGAUGGGUUGCCAUCCGAUUUAUAGCUAAUAAUCCAGGAAUUUGGCUGAUGCAUUGCCACAUAGAUGCUCAUUUAACAUGGGGUCUCGCAAUGUCUUUCUUGGUUGAGAAUGGAGUUGGGCAAUUGCAGUCUGUACAGCCACCACCACUGGAUCUGCCGCGAUGUUAAAUUUACCUGAGUCCGGAAUCAUGCUAUUGUACUUCUUUCCCAUAAAUCAGUUAGAUUGAAUGUAGUUCUGUCAGGCAAUUGUUUUGCAGUGUUUCUUAAUUGAGUGUAUUGUUUCUAGAUCAAAGAAAGAAAUUUCAUGCUUGU